CAAGAGGCAAUCGCUCCGGGAUUUGCGUUUGGAGAUGCGAGGGCUUGCAUUUGGUCUAUACAAUGGCCCAUCGGCAUCUCCACCAUCAACCCCAACUUCCCAAACCAGGCACAUUUUCGGUCGCGUAUCCAUAUUUUCCUCCAUAUCAUCAAGCAGUGGCAAGCCAAUCCUCGUCAUUACAUCCGAGGCACCUUUCAGCUUUGGGGUCCACGUCAUGAAGGAGGUGUCGAGAAUAAAAUGGCGAAACUCACCCGAUGCCUGGAGGCAAUGGUAUCUCCUACCCGGACUCGACUACGCAAGGGCACCAAUUACGCCCCUGGCAUAGCCAAGCGGAAUCAUGGCGCCCCAGUAUCUCGACCCAACACCUCAGCACACGCGUCGAACGCGUGCUCCUCAUAAGCGGACACGGAACGGCUGCGCCGAGUGCAAGAAAAAGCACGUUCGCUGCUCGCUCGAGAAGCCAGUAUGCACAUCCUGCUUGGUCAGGGGCACAGAGUGCCAAUACCCCGUGGGCUCCGCCGCCGUCUCGACAGUCAGCGGGCAUCUAACCGUGUCGAGAUCCCCGACUCGGGCCACGAACUCACCGGUGAACCCCGGGAGUCCCGCAGCAUCUACAAGCAACUUGGCAGGCACACCGUCGCCGUGGCUCCUACCGUCUGCCCCUCCCGUCGGGCCUUUCAGCAGUCUUCCAGUCGAUAUGCCCUGCAAAUCGUAUGAGAUGCUUCAACACCACAUCGACUACCGCCAUCUGGCCUCCAGUAUGAUCCCGUUCUUCCAGAGCCCUGUACAAAUCUUCAACGGAUCCCUGGACUCCCUCAAGAUUCACAGCAUCAUCACGUGCACGUGCGUGCACGCUUCGUGGCUCGGCGGCUCCGUAAAGCCCGUGGAGGAGACUUACCUCUACCACAAGAUCGAGAAGAUGCGGAUCCUCCAGCAGCUCAUCGACGAGGGGCGCCCGGAAUUAUAUGACACAUCCAUAACCUCGACCCUUCGCCUGGCCCUUUCGGAUACCGCCAUGGGGGAGGACGAGGCCGGAGCCGCUCACAUGCGCGGACUCUUUGGUCUCGUCCAAGUGCAGGGAAAGACGGUGCCACCGAUGGUGCCGCGGGUGAUGCUUGUCAUUGCUUCACUUAUUGCAGCAGCCCGCAACGCUGCCACAUCCGCACCGAACCCAAAGGAGGCGUUCGGGGUUGUGCCCGCAACGCCAAUCUUCCUUGUCCAGGGCGGCGACCCGGCCAACAUGAUCCCAAACUACUUUGGGAUCACCCAUCUCUCUUCACCCGAAUGCGACUGUGGCGGCGGCAUCGCAUCGUCGUCCACCUACUCCUCCCUGACGCACCCAAUCCCCGCGGCAGCGUGGAUGACUGCCGCGUACCUACUCAUGCACGUCAUCUACGAGAUGAACUGGGCCACAUGGGUCGUCGAGCCCCGCCUCGUGGCCUGGCUGCAGGGAAGCCCGCCUCUGCCACCGCCGCCGCCGCCGCCGCCGCCGUUGACCCCCGCCGAGUCGUGGAUGCAGUUCUGGCUCUGGCGGACCGUCAUCGGCGCAUACGUGCUCCUCGGCGGGGCGGCAAUACCAUCAUCACCACCACUAGGGUCCUCCGGCCCAGAUGGCAGCAACGACGGCAUCGCCGAGGUCCAAGGCUGGUUCGACCCCCUCGUGGAGCGGUGGAUGGACCGCUCCGCCGCGGCCGGCCUCGCGCAGUGGGACGUGGCGCGGGAGGUUGUUGCCAAGCUCGCGUGGCUCGGGACCGCCGGCGCCGGCGAGCGGUUCCUGGCAGAGACGUGGCGCGAGGCGUCACGGCUGAGGGGCGGCGAGCGGGAGGCGGCCAGGGUGGCGGGCCGGGAGCAGGCCGCGGCGCUGGGGGGACUCCUGGAUGGGCUGCAGAGCUUCGUCAUGGGGCCCGACGACGCGCCAUCGGCGCCUAGGACGGAGCCAGGAGGUCGUGUGAAUGUCGGCCAAGGGGAUACUGAGGGCUCGUGGUAGCGUGGCUCCUCUGGGGAACGGAAGGAGAGUGGAUAGGAGACGUGGGACGAGCUCAUAGCCAUCGUAUGCUUGCUCUAAUCUAGAUUUCUAAUUAGAAUAACCUCGAGAACUCUCUUGCAUAUUCCAAAC